GGUAAGGGGCGGGGCCGUGGCUGUGGUGGGAGAGUUUGGUGUGUGUGGCUGGGCGUUCGCUGUGACUGUGAGAACCUCGGAACAAAGCUCGAAGCUCUCUGGUGGAAACCUGGUCGCCACAGGAUGAGUCUGCAGUGGACGGCAGUCGCCACCUUCCUCUAUGCAGAGGUCUUCGCAGUGUUAUUCCUCUGCAUUCCCUUCAUUUCGCCCAGAAGUGGCCUCGUGAGCAUUACUCAGCCUAGAAGGAUGAGACCAGAGGACCUGGUAAAAGUUAAUUGGAGAUGGCAGAAGAUUUUCAAGUCCCGCCUGGUGGAGCUGGUGGUGAGCUACGGCAAUACCUUCUUUGUGGUUCUCAUCGUCAUCCUGGUGUUGCUGCUCCUCGAUGCCUACCGAGAGACCUGCAAGUACGACGACGUGACCGAGAAGGUGAACUUGCAGAACAACCCCGGCGCCAUGGAACACUUCCACAUGAAGCUCUUCCGUGCGCAGAGGAACCUCUACAUUGCCGGCUUCUCCUUGCUGCUGUCCUUCCUGCUGAGACGCCUGGUGACUCUCAUCUCCCAGCAGGCCACACUGCUGGCCUCCAAUGAAGCCUUUAAGAAGCAGGCAGAGAGUGCUAGUGAGGCAGCCAAGAGGUACAUGGAGGAGAAUGACCAGCUCAAGAAGGGAGCUGCCGGGGACCAAGGCCAGCUGUCAGAGACCGGGGAUGCCGCGGCCAAGGCGCAGGAGGAGAACAGGAGCCUGAAAGCUGAUGUGAAGAAGCUGAAGGAUGAGCUGGCCGUCUCCAAGCAAAAACUCGAGAAAGCUGAGAACGAGGUAUUGGCUAUGCGGAAGCAGUCUGAGAACCUGACCAAGGAGUAUGACCGCCUGCUGAAGGAGCAUGCCAGGCUGCAGGCUGCAGUAGAUGGCCCCACGGACAAGAAGGAUGAGUGACAAGUGACGAGUGACGACACCGCCUCCCCUGCCUGUGGCCGGCUUUGACCCGGUCUGCGCUUGCCGCGCUUGCCGCUCCCAGGAGCCCAGCUUCUUCCUCUGCACAGCUCCAAGCAGUCAUCUCGGUCCCCUCCACAGCCACAGCCUGCCAGCCCUCCACAGGGCACCCAGUAGUCACUCAUGCGGGCUGCCUUCCCUCUGGGGUGGAUGGAAGGCACUUGUCCCUGUCCCUUUUGUUCUGCCGUGUUGACGUGCCCUCUGCUCCUGCCUGCACUCCCUGUGGCAGGCCCUCGGCUCUCUCCUGCAGGCAAUAAAGGUUGUUGCCUUGA